UUUCUUCCGGUCGGCCCUGUUGGAUACAUCUGAGCCAAUGGGAGAGCUGACAGAUGACGCUCAUCCAAUCAGCAGCCACUACAUUCGACUGUGCACGACGAUACUCCCCACCAGUAUAGCUUCUUGUAUUUUGGCGGCUGUGCGGAAAACAUGGCGGAAAAUUUGAAAGAUUGCAGCGUGCCCUGUAAGAUGUUCUGGGAAGAGCUGGAAGCCCUGUGUCGCGGAGAGAGGCUCCACUGUAAAGAGCUUGGUGUGAGCAGAACCAACAUCAAUGACUAUGAGGUGGAAUUCCUCUGUGACUACAAGAAGAAUAAGGAGGAGGAGUUCUAUCUGGUAAAGUGGAGGGGCUUCCCAGAGUCAGAUAACUCAUGGGAACCCAAGAGGAACCUCAAAUGCCCCAAACUGAUGAAACAGUUCCACCUUGACCUGGACAAGGAGCUGAGGCGUCACAAUAGGCGCUGCACCCCUAAAAAGCUAGAUAAGGAAGUUUCCUCCUUCCUGACCCAGAAAGCCAAACUGCGGCAAACUCUACAGCGCUGGGAGUCCCAUUUGAAUCAGACUCGCAACCACCCAGGUCGCAUUUUUGUCAACAACGAAGUGGACUUCGAGGGCCCGCCAAAACACUUCACCUACAUCAACAACUACAAAGUAGGCCAGGGCAUUGUGUUGGAUGAGAUGGCUGUGGGUUGUGAAUGUAAGAACUGUUUAGAGGAGCCAGUGAAUGGCUGCUGCCCCGGGGCCUCCCUGCACCGCAUGGCCUACAAUGACAGAGGGCAGGUGCGGAUCCGGGCAGGACAGCCCAUAUAUGAAUGUAACUCCCAAUGCAGCUGUGGACCCAAUUGUCCCAACAGAGUGGUGCAGAAGGGCAUCCAGUUUGACCUGUGCAUCUUUAAGACAGAGAAUGGCAGGGGAUGGGGUGUCCGUACACUUCAGCAUAUCAAGAAGAACACGUUCGUCAUGGAGUAUGUGGGAGAGAUCAUCACAACAGAUGAAGCAGAGAGGAGGGGUCAUGUGUACGACCGCCAAGGCUCUACAUAUCUGUUUGACCUGGACUAUGUGGAGGACGUGUACACAGUGGAUGCAGCUCACCAAGGCAACAUCUCCCACUUUGUCAACCACAGUUGUAACCCCAACCUGCAGGUAUUCAAUGUGUUCAUUGACAACAUUGAUGAGAGACUCCCAAGAAUUGCUUUAUUUUCCACACGGGCUAUCCGGGCAGGAGAGGAGCUCACAUUUGACUACAAGAUGCAAAUUGAUCCAGUUGACACAGAAAGCACCAAAAUGGACUCUAGUUUCAGUCUAGCAGGACUCCCUACCUCUCCAAAGAAGAGGAUUCGAGUGGAGUGUCGGUGUGGAUCAGACUCAUGUCGAAAAUAUUUGUUCUGACAUGGGACUGCUGGGUACCCAACACCUCUGUCUGUGUAAAGUUGUGGAAAAUUGUACAGAUUUGUAUAUGAAGUUUUAUUUUUGUUUUUUUAUAUGUGACAAUGAAAUACUUUACCAGAGGUCAGUCAAAUCAAAUUCACGCCAACAGAAUAUAGAGCUUAUUUUUAGUGAACUGAAGACUACAUCAGUGAAUUAUUUCAGUACUUAGUGAUUAAUGAAAUCCGUGAUUUUAAAUAUCCUUCUCUGUCCAUUUAAAUUUGCAAGACAGAAAUGGAUGUAUGAGCAUGUUUAUUAGCCGAUCCAUACAGGUUUUAGUAACAACUUGAAUGACACUCAGUAGAGUGGAUAUCUGAGAUAUUAAUCAGAAUCUGCACAAAAGUUAGUGUGGUCUCUUCUGGUUUGAGAUCCAUCCUACAUCCAUGUUUGGUGUAAAUCCAUUUAGUAGUUUUUCUGAAAUCCUGUUGAAAAACCAACCCACCGACGAAAGGACACAGGAAAUCAUGACCUCUUUGGUGGAGAUAAUUUUUUUGUUUUUCUUAAAAUCAAAUAGCUGUUCGUUACUGUUUUGCUGUCUCUGUAUUCUUAAAAUGCUUUCUACAAGUACAUGCCAAGGGUUUUUGCUAAAGCCUUGUCCUCAUCAUUAAAUGGUAAUUCUGGUUUAUUAUAGAUUGGGAUUUGUUUUCCAGCAUCACAUCUACAAGUGACAUAUUGUACUCAUCAUUUAUUUUCUGAGAUCUGAGAACACAGCCACACCUCUCAAAAGAAGUAUGAUGGUUCAACAGACCUGGCAGGUUAGAAACAAGCCUCCAUGUUAGUGGGCUUUAUUUGUCAGAGAAAAUGAAGGUGAACAGCACAAUUAUUACCCAAAUCAUAAUUUAAAGACUCACUUCCUGCUUCAACUUUGACUGACUGUACUAACUAUAGUGUACUGGGCAGUGGGGGAUUAGGAUCACCAUUUCACUCAAUACUUAUCUUAAUAAUAAUCAUAAUAAUAAUCUUACUUUCAGCCUGACCUUUAAAUAAAGUGGUUCAAGUAAUCUGGAUGGACUGCCUUUAUGAUUCUUGAUCUAUUGAUUGUCAGAUUCCAACUAUUAAUUCAAUAUGUGUAAUGCCAUGACUGAUGAAAAUGAUGGACAAAAGAAAAUUAGAACCAAAUUGUAAUAAACUGGAAUAAAAAUUUAAACAACUGCAUAUUUUCAAUAGUCCACCUCACUCCCUAACAUUAUUAUGUUGAUGUCUUAAAUCUCUGCCCUGUUUACACCUGAGCUCAGAGAACAUUAACAGUGUCAUUGUCGGACUGAGGGCUUCAACUCCUGAAGCGGUCAUACACUUACCUCAAAGGCUCUGGGCAAACAGUUAUCACUUUUUAACAACCUGAUGGAGCUAAAAUGCAGCCAUAGUCAGUGCUUUGGCUUGUACAUGCCAAUUCAACAGGCUUAGGUUCUUGGAGUGAAGUUUCUAUGCCUGAUAUUUUAUCAUCAUACAUCAUGAUUCCUAUAUAUACUGUUUUUCCAACUGUUGCCCAUGUUUUCAUGUGUUCUUCUCUGCCUGUUGUGUUGGACUUGGUUAGGGUUAGAGACUGUUUAAUAUCUUUUUUGUUAUUCUUUCAUUUUAUAAUAGUAUUUGUAAUGUGUAGUGCUUUUAGUUUUAUAAUUUCAGUCCUAUCACUUGUGUGUCAUGCUCCUGAUGGUCGGUUGAUUUGGCUGAUUUCUCUCUCAACCCCAUGAAAGUGUAAAGUUUUUGAAGUUUUGUAGUCCAUAAUACAUUUCUGGAGUGUCACAGCAAAUUAGAGUUGGAACAUUUUCUUAAUUCAGUCAAGUCCAUGCCAGUUUUAGACUCACCCUCUGUCAGUUGCUCUAUAUUUUAAACCAGCCAUAACUGCUCGUCUAUAAUUCAAGCUGACCAGAGCUAACAUCUGCAUCAACUUAUACUCACUCAUAGAUACAGGCCACCUUAAUAAGCCUGAUUUUGUUUAAUCAAUAUUCAUGCAUUUUUUACUGAGAAAUGUACAAAAAUGUCUGAAAAACAUGCUAGCUCAUGAAGUUAAAUAAAGUGAGAAAAAAAUCGUAGAUGCAUCCUUUAAUCCAGAUUCCCAUCGAAUUGUAUUUAUUCCAGGCCAAAACCCAUCUGCCAUCCGACUUUCAGGGAAAGAAAGCAGGUUUUGUUUAAUCCUGCUGACAAACAAACGAACACGGCCCCUUGUUGGAUGUAAAAAUAACAUACAGCUCAAGUUUCCACAACCACCGCUAUCCCAGACUGAUUUGAAUGGACUUUAUUUACAUAGCCGACGAGGUGUGUGUUGACACUUUUAGCUUUGCAGCUAAGAUUUCGGCUUGAAGGCUGUAAAUAAUGACUUGUCAAUUUAGUCUUGGAUCUCAGGGCUUCUGGAGAUUCUUUUCUUGGACUACAGCUGAUCCCUUUAUGUUUUUAUUUAUUUUUUUUAGGUUGUUUUCUUUAACAUUACAAGCCCUCAUCUACUUGAGUUGUUUUGGAGAAUGCUGCCAAGCUGUUUUGCUGUGAAGCUCCAUGAAAUGUUUGUGGACAAUGAAACCUCCCCUGACUUUCUGUUAGGUGAUUUUCAUUUUUUGGGUGAACUGUACCUUGCUGCUUGCUUUGAAAGAACUGCUUGUUUAAUGUGUUGUUCUAAUACUAAGUGGAAAUGUUUCCGGCUGUUCUAAAUGUCCACACUGGAAGGUGAGGUAAACACCUGCCAUGAUAUUCUCCUCUAUCCCACUGCCUUUCUUAUCAGAAUUUAAUCCAUUUGCCAUUUGUACAAAUUACCUAAUCACUCAGAGCGCUCACUCACUGCACAUGUCAGGUGGUAGAAAAUUGUCAACUGUAAACAGAUAAUAUUUUCAAAAGUCUAAAAAUGUUGUAGCGCACCUUACCACAUCCCACCAGUCUGCCGUCCGAAAAGUAGUUUCAGAUAAUCUCAUAGACACUUUGAAGCACACAGAGUACUUUUGUCUUCAACACAUCUGACGUGCCAGAUUUGUGACUGGCUUUCAACUAGCAAUCAAGUAUGUUAAUACUUACUAUGCAAUGAACCUUAAUCUGCAGGGAGGGAGUAGCCCUCAGCUCAGCCAACACUGCUGCUCAGUACAGAGUAUGUUUGUGUGUGCAAAUGUACGCUCUCUUCUUCCAUUCACCAAAGUCAGUCAAGGUUAGGAAAUAUCAGGACAGUACAAAAGACAAUUUUCUGCAUAUGUUUUAAAUGAAAUUUGAAAUUAUGAGAAACUCACUAUGGGAAACAGAUCCAAAAGACUAUCAGAAUUCAAUAGGUAAAACUGUUUGCCAAAUACAACCAGGGAUAUGUUAGAAAGUAUUUUUCUUUUGUGAUUAUGAUAAGCUGACCCUUUAAUGGUGAAGUGAGAGGGGUCUAAUUUCUUCUCCUACCAAUGUUCCUUGUGACUGUACAGUAUGUAUUUUAUGGUCAAAUAGCUGAUUAUUUUACAGUGUGUAUAUUUGAACAUUUUAAAGGUUAGUAUUUCAGCGUGGGACUUUGUUAUACGUGGAGAACAAAAACAAUGUAAAUAAAUGGUAAUAAAGGUACUGCUUUCAUGUUU